AUGGCCACCGGCAAGAUCCAUCGGUCCAUGGGGUCCUCCAAAAUGGCUGAUGGAUUCCAGAGCAAAGUGGUAACCCCUCAUAACCCGAAGCUAGUCCGAGAGGCGGAGGAGUGUGUAACUGUGACUCCCUCUGCCUUCCUGAAGGAGAUGUCUCUUACCACUGAGCAGAGGCUGGCCAACACUCGGGAGAUGAGGCGGCCCCGGAUUAUCCAGCUUCUAGACAUGAGUGAAAGCUCCUGUCACAAGUUCUCAGCAGUUGACCUGGAACAGAGCUUGUUUCAGCCUUUCCCAUCAGAGGUGAUAUUUCAGAGCUACGUCCCCUGCGAGGUCUACGAAGUGCCGCUGGUUCUGAGGAACAACGACAAGGUUCCUCGGCUGGUGAAGGUCACCUUGGAGAACUCACCUUAUUUCAAGUUGAUCAGCCUCAAUGCUGUGUGCCGUAAGGUAGCACCUGGCAUGCUUUCAACUUACCGCAUCCUCUUCACCCCCAAUGAGAACAAGGAUUACUUCCACCAGCUCACCUGCAUCACAGAAAGGGAAAAGUUUAUUGUGCCAAUCCGAGCUAUCGGUGCCCGAGCUAUCCUGGACUUCCCUGACCAGGUCAACUUCUCCGUCUGUCCAGUCAAAUACAGCACCCAGAAGACUCUGCUGGUUCGCAACAUCGGUAAUCGGGAGGCCCGCUACUGCAUCAGCACUCAAAGCCCCUUCUCCGUCCAUCCCUCUGUGGGGACGCUUGGGAUCGGUGACACCAUGCAAGUAACAGUGGAGUUCCACCCGCUGAAGACUGGGGAUCAUUCCAGAUCCCUGAUAGUUCACUAUGACACAGGUGAAGAUAUUCACACAGGCCUCUAUGGAGCAGCUGUAGAUGUCAACAUCAGGCUAGACAAGAACUCCGUGACAGUUGAGAAGACUUACCUCACGUUCUCAAACCACAGAUCCGUGGUCAUCCACAAUCGGAGUGAAAUCAUAGCCCACUUCCAGUGGAAGGCUUUUGUUACUCAGGAAGAGGAGGAUCAGUGGAAGCUGAGGCUGUGUCGCAGGCUCCAGAGGCAGCAGGAGGACAAGACAGAUUUUCUCAAGGAGUGCACGGUGGACCCCACUAUCCGAGAACGCCUUUCCCUUCUCUCCCGCUCCUUCCAGAACCAGGUAGCAAGGGUGCAAGGAGACUCCAUGCUGUUCUCCGAUGAGAUCUUCAGCGUUGAGCCAGUGGAGGGAGACGUUUGGCCAAAUUCUUCGGUUGAAAUUAAUGUGAUCUUUAAACCUCGAGAAGCCAGAGUCUAUCAACAAACUGUCUACUGCGACAUCUCAGGCCGUGAGACCAGGCUGCCCCUGCGCAUCAAAGGGGAAGGCAUAGGGCCCCGGCUCCGCUUCAGCUUUGACCAGCUGGACAUGGGGAAGGUUUUUGUUGGAUCAGCGCACAGCUAUGAGGCGAUCCUGUUUAACAAAGGAGCCAUCGAUGCUCUCUUCAACUUGGUCCCUCCAGCUACAGCUCUGGGCUCCUGCUUCACCUUUCUCCCUCAGGAGGGCAGGAUUUUGCCAGACGAGCUCCAAGUCAUCCGGAUCUCCUUCAGUUCCACCAUCCUGGGGCAGUUCACGGAAGAGUUCAGGUUCAGUGUGGAUGGAUCCCCUGAGCCUGUGACCUUGACUAUCAGGGGCUGCGUCAUCGGACCGACUUUCCAUUUCAACGUACCUUCCCUCCGCUUCGGUGACGUCUCCUUUGGCUUUCCUCGCACCUUGUCGUGUCGCCUCACUAACACCUCCUUGGUGCCCAUGACUUUCAACCUCCGCAUUCCUGGGGACGGCUCGGGAGAGCCCAGCGUUACCAGCUUUGUUCAGCUGUCCGACAACGCUCACCCAUCCCGGAGAAAGGGAGCUCAAGGUCCCGUCAAGCCGACCGAAUUUACCAUAGUGCCCUGCAGAGGGACCAUCCGUUCCCAGGGAUUCCUGGAUAUCCAGGUCACCCUGUGUUCCAACACCGUGAAGAAAUACGAGCUGGCGUUGGUGGUGGACGUGGAUGGUGUUGGCGAGGAGGUGCUGGCCCUGCUCCUCACGGCCAGAUGCGUGGUUCCGCUGCUGCAAGUCCUCAACCCCGUCAUGACGUUUGGACGGUGCUUUCUAAAAUACCCCUAUCAGCAGAUGCUGACCCUUGUGAACGACAGCGAUCUUCCAGGCUGCUACGAGGUUCUUCCUCAGGAGGAGGAGGAUGCUGUGUGGUACUCCAGCCCCAUGCCACAUGGGAUCAUCCAGCCUCGCAGCUCGGUCGAGGUCCCGUUUACGCUGGAAGCCCAGGUGGUGGGAGAGCACGACACUGUUGCUCACGUCACGACGUUUGGGAGCAGAGGAUCCCCGCUGGAAAUCCAUUUAGUGAGCGUCGGAGAAGGACCGGUUGUCUACGUGCAUCCGAGUAAGAUAAAUUUCGGCAGUAUCCAAGUUCUAGAAGAUGCUUCCCGAGCUCUCUACCUCUCCAAUCAAACUGUCAUCCCUGCGUUCUUCUGGGCAGAUAUGGCUGGCGAACGCUCGCGCUGGAGGAUUGAACCCAGUAAAGGAGUGAUCCCCCCUGAGACCGAGGUGUCCGUGACCGUCAUAGCAAACUUGGAUGACACUGAAAAAUUCACGGACGAGGUGAAUCUGUUCAUAGAGAACAGCCGUACCUACAUCAUCCCUGUCCGGGCUUUCGGCAUCGGCACCACGAUCGUCACCGACAGACCCUUUGCUCCGGAGCUCAACUUGGGGCCCCACUUCAGCCUGGAUCCCUGUUGUUACCGCUUCAAGAUAACGAACAAAGGACGACGCACCCACCUGCUCUAUUGGACGACGGAAGGUUUCGCCCCGUUUCGCCAGCGUGAUCGUCUCCCUGCCAUCGGUAACACCAAGGGCAAAGAUUCCUCCCAGAGCCCCAAACCUGCCUGUCCCGUGUUUAAGCUUCAACCGCUGAGGAUGGAGCUGACGCCGGGCAAGACUAUGGAGAUGAUGCUGGAAGGCUCCUCCAGCACUCCCCAGGUAGUGAAGGAGCGGCUGCUGUGCCACGCCAUCGUGGGGAGCAAGGCAGGGAAGGCACAGAUAAUGCGAGUGGACGUCACGUGCGAGUUCGUUGCUCCUGUCCUGCAAAUGUCCUCCAGAGAAAUCACUUUCCGGGUGGAGAAGCAACCCAGUGAUGUCCUAACUCUUCAGUACAAGCCUCUCUCUUUAAAAAACAUCUCCUCCCUGCCGCUCAGCAUUGUCCUGGCCUUAGAGCAACCCUUCCUAAUCUGCGAUGCAGACCGGCAGCCCCUGCCUGCAGACGUUCAGCCCAUGAAGCUGGAGACGGGGGAGGAACUUCAUCUCUCCAUCAGAUUUAACCCUGCUUAUGAAGAGGAUUUAAAUAUCUGGGUAGCAGAGAAGGCUCUGAAGAUACAGUUUCUUGAGCACCCUCAUGAGGAGCAGGUCACCGUUCGGGGAGAAGUCUACUUCCCGAAUCUCCAUAUCCAGACCACGGCCUUGGACUUUGGCUGCAUCUUGAAUGACACCGAAGAUGUGCGUUACGUCGAGAUGACCAACUGUAGCCCGCUGCUUGUCCAGUACCACUGGUUGUUCCUGACGGACGGCCACGCGAGCCAGAUGAG